CAUCACUAGGAUAAGCUCCUCUGCGAUUUCUUCUGACACGGACUUGGUUUUAUUCGUUGUGAAGUUAUUCUGACCUAGUUUAUAUUUUGAGCGACUGGUGUCGAAGUGUUCGUCCUAGUUAACUCGCACUAAUCGGCUGUGUCUGGCUGUGUCUGAGAGCAGAAAGUGUUAGUGUUUGAGCCAAAAACAGACUCGGAGCGAGAAAAGACCACAGAAAGAAAACGAUGGUGUGUUCAUUUCGCUCGUUCAUCCGAUCUGCUUUGGUAAGCACUUUUGAACACAUUUGGAGAAAUGUAAGGAUUAGAAACACACUUUGCCUGCAGCAGUGAGUGAGGAAGCGUCUGGCCGUCCGAGAGCAUCAUGAACGAGUCUCUCUCCGCGACGGAGACCGCAAGAGUGGCCUGCGCUCCGGAGAUCAGGAGAGAAUAUGAGCUGGGACCGGCUGUUACCUGCUCGCUCUGCUUCGCUCUGGGGCUCAUUUACUGUUUCUGCGGUUACCGCUGUUUUAAGACGGUGCUGUUUGUGUCGGGCCUGGCGUGGGGCGCUGCUGUCGGACAGCUGCUGUGUGUGCAGGAGCGUCUGCUGGACGGCUGGACGCGGGCGAGCGUCUCUCUGGGCGUGGGUCUGCUGGCGGCGCUCGUGGCGGUGCUGGUGCGCAGCGUUGGGCUCUUCCUCACCGGCCUCCAGCUGGGAGCGCUGCUCUCCGGCGCCGCCCUGCUGCUGCUGGGACAGUAUUACCCCGUGCUCAGCCCGCCGUGGGCCCCUGUCGGCGCGGUCGUAGGAGCCAGUGUCUUCUGUGCCGUCAUCACUCUGUGCUGGAGGAAGGCCAUGAUGGUAGCUGCUACGGCUUCGGUCGGGGCCGCGGGGGCCACGGUGUGUGUGGGUUACUGGGUGGAGACGCCUGUGCUGGUGCUGCGGGCGUUUGAGGGUCUGAAGACACAACAGGGCUUGUGCUGGUACAGCUGGCCGGUGAUGGGGAUUUGGCCUGUACUCACAGCACUGGGGAUGCUGGUCCAGUGCAGAAUCACAGCGCAUGCUGACGUGUGUGCGACGGGUGAACAGAAGCAGCUGGAUCUGACGAGGAUCAGACAGACGCGUGGCCGCAGACCGCCGGCCCUCCAGCGCUACACGGGAGACGUGCUGGCCCCGAGUUAUCUGGCGAGUCUGCGAGAGCGGCAGACACACACGGGCUCCUCGCUGUUGAGCUUGAGCUCCGUUCAUCACAUCAUGAUCGACUUUGAUUCUGAGACGGGAUCGCUGGUGCCUCUCACUGCUUCAGCGUCGGCUCUUCUCAGACUGUAAAGCAAUCGCACAUGAUCUCCGAGGACGCAUCCACUCCGCUGAUCUGAGUCUGCAGUUCACCUCAGCUGCAUGCAAACACACUUACUUUACAAAUAGCUUCAGUCUUAUUCACAAGACACUGAUUAUAUUGAGAUGUUUAUUAAAGCUUGUCUCAGAGCGUGGUACACAGCUGUAUGUGGACACCGGGCUUCUGCAGGGCUUCUGCAGGUCUGAGAGAGGGUUCAAAGAGUCUUCAUUCACUCUUCCACAAAUGAAGGCCUAAAAAGCUCUUAAAUCAGAGCAGAAAGUCUUAGAUUCAUAAAGUCGUGGCAUGCUUUGCUAAAAAUGAAUCUCUCAGUAUUUCUGUCUUGUUCUUCAGUUCAAAUAUCUAAACAUCCUUAAAUCAAGAGAACCUGUUUCACUUUGAAUUAAGUUGAUUUUUCCAACUCUGUUGGCAGAUAUUUCUUGUUGCUUUGACCAUAAACUCACUUCAUUUUGAUCAGUUUCACAAAAAGCAAGAUAGAUGUCAUUUUGCAUCUCCAGCAAAUUUAUCUUGGUUUAAAAAUCUUUUCACUGGAAAACAAGACAAACGCUGAAGAAGCACCGAGAGAGCUGAAGGUACAGUAAAAGUCAUAUCCAUAUUCUAGUGUUUGUGAGUA